AUGCCUCCUACCGCGAUAUGGAUCAAAAUCUGUGAGAGCGAUGCUCUUCGCAGAUCGUCCCAGACCCUGACAGUCGUGAAUGACGCGGCAUACAUCUUCGGGGGCGAACUACGGCCUCGCGAGCCGGUAGAGUCGUCCGUAUAUCGGAUUCCUAAGAGGCAGGACGCGGGCAUCGACAGCAUUUUGUCAGCAUCGGCCGAUAACGCCCCUCAAGCAAGAGUGGGAGCCACAUCCACAGCUCUCAACGGGAAGAUCUAUGUCUUCUCUGGCCGUGGAGGCGUAGGAAUGGCACCCAUCGAGGAGAACGGAGCACUCUGGGUUCUCGAUACGACGUCCAAAGACUGGUCGCAGGUCCAGCCCCGAGAUCCUGCUGGUCCACGGCCUGCUGGGCGCAGCUACCACGCCAUGACGAACGACGGGCAGGACACCAUCUUCAUCCAUGCGGGCUGUCCCGAAAAGGGGCGCCUAAGUGACCUUUGGGCCUUCAACGUUGCGGAACGGACCUGGCGGGAAUUGCCUGCUGCACCGGCUCCGGAACGUGGAGGCACGUCAAUUGCAUAUACUCAAGGGAAGCUGUAUCGCAUGAAUGGGUUUGAUGGUAAGACCGAACAAGGUGGAGCGCUGGACGUAUUCGAUCCAAAGACCAGUUCGUGGCAGACGGUCAAAUUUGAUGCAGAUGGGAGCCAAGGGCCCGGGCCCCGGAGCGUGAGCUGUCUUCUCGCGGUCGUUGUGGAUGGCCAACCAAGCCUCAUCACGAUGCUCGGAGAGCACGACCCAAGCAGCUUGGGACAUCAGGGUGCUGGAAAAAUGCUCGAUGAUGUGUGGAUAUUUGCCAUUCACUCGCAGAAGUGGACGAAGCUCAUGGUCGAGGGAGGUGAAAAGCCAUGCCCUAGAGGGUGGUUCGAUGCCGAUGUUGCUGGGGACACAGAGGUGGUGAUACACGGCGGUCUGGCAGAGUCGAACCAGAGACUGGGAGAUGUGUGGCUUUUAAAUCUCGGAGCGGGUAUGAGAUCUUAG